ACAGUGCAGGCCCCACCCUUUGUGUUACCUCCCGCCCGUCAAUCAAAAUACAACAAUAUUCUUUUGACGUUUUUCUCCCAUUUUGCGCAAAAGCAAUCAAUAAAAAUAUCCGAAAAUGCCGAGAGGAUUCUGACGGACAGGACGUCGAGCAGUGACCGUUCUCCGGCCGCAUCUCUGCGCUAGAAAGUCAAACCCAACCAGAGAACAUGUCGGCUUUGGACGUGGGAAGCGGUCAGCACGACUUCUUAAACCACGAAGAGAACAAAGGCGGCGAGGAUGCUCAGCCCUCCUCUCUUGACCUACUAGCAACUACCUGCACUAGUGUUGGCUCACCAUCAUCAGAUGUGGACAGAGGUGCUGCUGCGGAUGUGGCAGCUGAUCCUGCGCAGCUCACAUCUACUGAUAAGUGGGAGGUGGUGACUCCAUCCGCUACGUCGAAGGAAGAAAUGAUACAGAUCCCAAGCCAAGGAUUAUUGACAUCCAAUGGACAGUAUGUUCUCCCGCUCCAAAACCUACAGAGUCAGCCCAUCUUUGUGUCGUCGACCAUGGACUCCUCUUCUGCCAAUUCAGUGCCUAAUAUUCAAUACCAGUUAAUUCCUCAAAUUCAGACAGCUGAUGGACAGCUGAGCUUCUCCACCGCUGGCAUGGACGGCCAGACUCUAAGUCAGGAUGCUUCCGGACAGAUUCAGAUCUUACCCGAUGGCAGUGUGACGUCCACUGCAAACAUCCUCAACAAUAACCAGAACCUCAUCACACCAACUGCAAACCUACAGCAGAUUCAGGGGAUUUCAGUAGGGACUUCCACCUACAACAGCCAGGGCCAAGUUGUUACCAAUGUGCCUGUGGGUUUGCCAAGUAACAUUACAUUCGUCCCCAUAAAUAGUGUGGACUUGGAUGCCCUCGGCCUGUCAGGAGCUCAGACAAUAGCGACUGGGGUCACUGCUGAUGGCCAGCUAAUCAUGACCGGUCAGCCUGUAGAUGCUUCCGAGAGUCUGGUGAAGGCAGAUCAGCUCUCGCAGACAUUAUCCGGUAACGGCUCCAAUGGAAAUCCUCAGGGCUUUGUUCCGACGUCGUCCGCUCAGCUGCAGGAUACGACAAGCGGGCCUGGUCUGAUGACACAAGGCGCCGUAGCGACUGACCAACCCAAUUCAAGUACUGGUCUCCAAGAGGGCUAUAUCCAGCAGAAUCAGGAGCAGAACAUGCAGGUGUCUUCGACACAACCUAUAGUCCAGCUGCAGCAGGUGCCUCUUGCGACCAGUAAUGGUCAGGUGGUUCAGUCUGUGGCCUCGGCGGGACAAGGCUUGCAAAAUGUGCAGCUCAUUAACCCUGGAACUUUCAUCAUCCAGGCUCAGACUGUCACCCCUUCAGGCCAAAUACAGUGGCAGACCUUCCAGGUCCAGGGAGUGCAGAACCUGCAGAACCUUCAGCUGCCUACCACGCCACCGCAGCAGAUAACCUUGGCUCCAGUUCAGACCCUGUCACUGGGAGGCAAUCCAGUCAGUAUCGGGACAGGUUCCAUCCCAAACCUUCAGACAGUCACCAUCAACUCAGUGGCACAACAGGAGGGAAACGCAGACAGUCAUGGAGAUAUUCGGAUAAAGGAGGAGCCCGACACUGGAGACUGGCAGAUGAGCGCAGACUCCACUCUCAACCCAAACGAUCUGUCCCAGCUCCAGGCUCGACUGAUGGACGACGACGACCAGCUGGGCCAGGAAGGCAAGCGGCUGCGCAGAGUGGCGUGCACUUGCCCGAACUGCAAAGAGUCGGGUGGGAGGGGAUCCACCAUGGGGAAGAAGAAGCAGCACAUCUGCCACAUCACCGGCUGUGGGAAGGUUUACGGCAAGACAUCGCACCUGCGAGCGCACCUGCGCUGGCACUCGGGGGAGCGACCUUUUGUCUGCAGCUGGAUGUACUGUGGUAAAAGGUUCACACGCAGUGACGAGCUGCAGCGGCACCGCAGAACACACACAGGUGAGAAGAAGUUUGUCUGCCCGGAGUGCUCCAAACGCUUCAUGCGUAGCGACCAUCUUGCAAAGCACAUAAAAACUCAUCAGAACAAAAAAGGCGCGAACUCUGGCAGCGCAGUGGUGGCCUCCAUGGAAUCGGCUGGGUCCUCAGACAGCAUCAUCACCACGUCAGGCGGCACCACUCUGAUCCUCACCAACAUCCAGCAGGGCUCCACGAACGCCCAGGACAUCCUGGCCAACGCGGAGACGUUGCAGCUCGUCACUACAGUAGCAGCCAACAGCCCCGUGGACUGACAGUGGAUCAGCGUGUGAACGUUGUCAAUUUAUAUAUAUAUAUAUAUUUUUUAACACAAAAUAAUCAGUUCUUAUCCACCAAGAGGAGAAAGAGCCGUGAUUUUUGUGUUGGGAAAAGACAUUGCAGUAAAAACACAAGCAAAUGCCUUAUUUUGUACAAAAAUGGUGUAGUUUGAAAGUAUAAUGUGCCAUUAUGUUUGAAAGUACUUUGUCUAUUGCAACACCUUUCAUAGUUUUCUCCUCAUAUUUCAGCUCUAAUUUCUUUAAUCAAGACUAAACUUCACAGCUAAGCUAUUUUUAUCCAGAUGAAGUCGCCCCGUGGCUUCACAGCAUGAAGUGUAUUCAUGUGCUGGUUUGUUUGUAUUAUACGAUUUUAUGUCUGUUUUCCAUCCCUCCAUCGUUGGUGAGCGACCUCCUCUUCUCUAUUGUCUGUGAAAACAAUCAAACUUUUGCAAUGUACCUUCUUUUAGUAUGUUAUUCUGCCAUUGAAUAUUUUGACUGAAGAUGCUUUAUAUCAGACUUUACAUGAAAAGUACCUUUGUGAUAUGAAACUUCCCGUACGUUUGAAAAUGAUUCCGUUGUAUGUCAAUCUAAAAUGAUUUUUUUUUAUUGUUUAAUGAAGACAAAAAGCCAUUUUUGGAAGGCAAACUGCCAAAUUUGACUGUAAACUCAGGGUGAGUUUUAACUGUGUUACUGAAGCUAAUCACCCGAAGCUCUUGGGUCCUGUUGUGUCGCUCAGAAACCUUAUCUGAUGGACCAAAUGCUGCGAUCUGCCGCUGUGUUAUCAAUUCUUAAUAAAUCUCAUGUAUUGAGUUUUUAAAUUGAUAAAAAAGAAAUGCCCUAAUCAUUUGCCAGAUUUGAUUUCACAUCUAAAACAGCACUGUUGUCAACACUUUUGUUUGAAGUCAUGUUGUGUUAAGUGUCCGAGUCAUCUGUUCGUAUAUAUGCCAAUGUUUCUACACUCUGUUCUAUGUUAAUCAUUUUUGUUUUUUCCCAUGUGAUUUUUGAAUAUGUUUUGUAUUAUUUUCAACUUCCUUUCAUUUGUUCAAUCGAAUACACGUUCAUCCUGCAAAAUUUAUGUUUUCAUUUUUUUCCUCGCCACAGUGAACAAGAAUCGAUAGCCGUAUAGUUUGCCAUAUUGUUUGAGUCACUCAGUGGCGCAACUAAGAACACAUUUUGUUCUUUCACCUACGUUCUUUGCUUUGCAUUCAGCCGGUGAGCUGCGCCACACGGUCGUGACCCGGAGCUGCCGUCCAGCAGAUGUCACCACAGGCACGGGAGCCAGUCCAGAGUGACACAGAUGAGGUGGUGUUGGUUCAGGUAGUAGGUGGAGGUGGGAUGGACGCUACACUGUACACAGAAGAUGGGACGUGUGCAGGUGUCGCCGACACAGCGAGGUCACACUGGCGUCCCUGUGGAGAACAAAUGGCCGUCUCAAGACCCUCCUGAGUGGCAACCGUGAUGGCUCUCAGUUGCUCUCGUCCCUGGCAGCUCUGACACAGGGAGCAAAACAAGGAGUCGGAGCUGGCGGCGGGGCCUGGUCUCAUCCCAGGCUUUCAGCCUUCAAGAGGACUGAAGUCCGUCUUUAAG